GUAAUUUAAGUCAGUUAGUUGCGGUCUACAUUUGUUGAAGAUAUGUGAAGAGGAUUUGCUGGCAUAUUUUGUAAUUGUUUUCAAGUUUAUUGAGAAAGACGUAAUUGAGCAGACAUGUGUGUUCAGUAUCUACAUUUACGUUGUCUUAUCACAGACAAGAAUAUUUUAAAAACUGUUGUUUGAUCCUAAAGUAAUAUACUAAACGAUACAGUCAACCAUAAUGCUUGAUACUCUACUGCUUCCAUUGGGUCUCUCGUUGAUCCUAUAUGGAAUUUACAAAUGGAUCACACUCAACAAUGACUAUUUCGAAAAGCGUGGAAUUCAACAUAUGAAACCAACAUUUGCUUUAGGAAAUACGGGUGCUUUUUUCAUGAGACAAUAUCGAUCAUCCGACUAUAUGCAGAGUUUGUACAAACAAUUUCCGGAUAAAAAAAUCUUCGGAAUGUUUGACUUUCGCAAACCUUUCUACUUCAUUCGAGAUCCUGAAAUCGUCAAAAGGUUAGCGGUUAAAGACUUUGAUCAUUUCGAAAAUCAUCGAUCGUUCAUUGAUGAAGAUGUCGAUUUACUUUUCGGCAACAGUUUGUUUAUGUUAAAAGGGGAAAAAUGGAGAGACAUGCGGGCUACUUUAUCACCGGCUUUUACUGGAAGUAAAAUGCGUCAAAUGUUUGAACUGGUUGUGGAGAAUUCCAGUGACAUGGUUCAGCAUUUCCAACAAAAAGCCAAAUCGUCAGGCAUCGGCGGCGUUGACGUUGAGAUGAAGGAUUUAUUCUCUAGAUAUACUAACGAUGUUAUCGCUUCCGCUGCGUUCGGUUGUAAGGUCAAUUCAUUCGAAAAUGAAUCGAACGACUUUUACCUGAACGGCAAGAAAAUUUUGAAUUUCAAUUCACCGAAAGCGGCUUUGAAACUGAUUGGACUGAGGCUUCUACCUGGCCUAAUGAAAAUGAUGGACAUCAAUCUAACGGACUCGGCAUUGACGAAAUUUUUCCGAAAGAUGGUUAUCGACAACAUAUCUACAAGAGAAAAGGAGGGCAUAUUCAGACCGGAUAUGAUCAACAUUUUAAUGAAUGUGAGAAAAGGAAAGUCUUUAGACAGUGUGGAUAAGGAUGAAAAACAAUCUAGUGAAGGAUUUGCAACAGUGGAAGAGUCACACAUUGGAACCAAACAAGUCAAACGUCAAUGGACUGACGAUGAACUUGUCGCACAAUGUUUCCUAUUUUUCGCAGCAGGAUUCGACACUUCAUCCACAUUGUUGUCUUUUGUCGCUCAUGAACUAGCCGUGAAUCCCGAUGUCCAGGAAAAAUUGUACAAAGAAGUGUGCGAAAUUGAAAAAACGUUGAAUGGCAAGCCACUACCGUAUGAUGUUCUGCAAAAAAUGAAAUACAUCGACUGUGUCAUAUCCGAAACACUUCGUUAUUGGCCUCCUGCCCCAAUGACUGAUCGAGUGUGCGUAAAGGAUUACGAAUACGAUGACGGUGUAACAAAAUUCAAAUUUGAGAAAGGAAUUGCUUUCUGGAUUCCCAUUUAUCCGUUGCAUCACGAUGCAAAAUACUUCCCGAAUCCGGAAAAAUUCGAUCCGGAACGGUUUAAUGAUGAAAACAAGGACAACAUAAAACCGGGAACGUUUCUGCCGUUUGGUACAGGCCCUCGAAAUUGCAUUGGCAGCCGUUUCGCUUUAAUGGAAGUCAAGUCCGUCAUAUACCAUUUGUUGUUGCAUUUUAAAUUCGAACCCAACGAAAACAGUCAAAUUCCGAUCAAUCUUUCGAAGCAGCCAUUUGGAAUGACGUCCGAGAAGGGAGUCAACUUAAGACUAGCAUUAAGAAAAUCAAUAGCCCUAGCCCACAUAGAGUUAGAUUAAUUUUUGAAUGACCAACGGUCAGUGACAUAAAUACAUUGGAACUUUUAUCCUUCAGAAAAGAAAUUUGGUUUUCAUUUCUUU